AUGAGCGGUCUGGGCACUUCAAUCCCAGAACUCCCAGUCAAAUUAUUUCUGGACAAUGCAGCCUCUCAAUUGAAAAGCAUCAACGUUGCUAAUGUGAAGCAGGAGCUCCUCGACAAGGGGCAUAUCAAAGAUGGACGAUGGGCCGCCUUCAAGUCAAAUCCAGCCAAAUCGCAAGAUAACGAGGAAAUAUCUUUCAUACCCCUUACAGAGGUUAUAACACAUAUAUGCGAAUGUAGUGGUCUUUGCAAGACUAGAAAGCGAACUACGUACAUGGAUAACCUAAAUUCGAUACCAGAAUCUGUGCGAUCAAACUUAACUCGUCCUGAUGGUUGUUUUGUCCUCUAUGACAGUAAUAAACCCCCGGUUCCCAAAGGAUCAAAUCAAAACCCUACAAUUUCUUGGGACGACAUAGCUGUCGCAAUUGAAUUCAAGAAGAAGGCUGGCGAUGAUGACAUAGUGAUUCUCCAUCACAUCCUGCGAAGUGAUCCCUGCCGAAGGUUUGCGUUUGGCAUAACAGUCGAAGCCAACCAAAUGAGAUUUUGGUUUGCAAAUCGUUCGACAGUAUUCACUACAAAGCCGUUCGAUUUCAUAACGGAACACGAGUUUUUGAUACAUUGCGUUCUAUCGUUCACCUACGCGGAAAAGGCGGAUCUUGGAUGGGACCCCACCAUAAAGCAGCAGACGGACAAGCUCCAGCUAUCUACCGCGCAGAGGGAAUUCUGUCUGACUUUGGGGCUGACGCGCUACGUGGUCGAGGAACUCGAGUCUUUUAAAGCUCGUCGAUUCAAUAUCCAAAGUGGCGAAGUCGAAGGAAAACCUGUCGCUAUCAAGGAUGCUUGGGUUGACGAGGACCGUGACAGGGAAGGAGAUAUCCGCAAAACGUUCGAAGCUGAAGCUGAUGAUGAUGACAAAGGCGAGAUACGGAAAUACUUCUUGACGGUACUGGAUCAUGGAGAUGUCAUUAUCGACGGGCAUGUUGAUCACACGCGAGAUUUACACUUGCGCAAUGUCAAUAUUCCCUCUGAUUCUCGUUUCCGACUCCAAAGAAAGGAGCUUCCAGCUGAUCCCGUUUCUAGCACCGGCUCUGCACCUUCCUCGGGUAUCCCAGGGCAAACUCGUGCUCCUCAUGCAGGUCAUUAUCAGUAUUCGUUCAAGGUCCACCAUCGGAUCGUCUUUGAAGAAGUCGCCCAGCCAAUAUACACUUUGAAAUACCUGGCUGAUGUCCUUCGAAUAAUGAUACAUGGCACCACCAGCCUUCAACUUUUGCACAAAUACGGAUGGGUGCAUCGAGACGUCAGCACCGGUAAUCUCUUGGUGUAUGAAGGCAAUGGGAAAAUGGGCGACUUAGAAUUUACGAAGAAAUCGGACCAGGAAAGCACUCAUGAAAUCCGUACCGGGACACUCAACUUUAUGGCGGUGGAGGUUGAAGCUCAGCGGUACAACUUCAAGCCGUCUCUAGCAGAUCCCCUCGCAGAUGCGCCAACAUCGAGAUCCGCUUUUCGUUACAAUCCCUUGCACGACCUUGAAUCAAUGUGGUGGAUUGGUGUGUGGAUGAUAUUCAACCACAGAGACAUCGAAGAGAUGGAAGAUAAUAUCAAAGAGCAGAUCCAACAAACGCAGAUCCUCUUCCCGGAGGUGCUGGGUGGAAGCACGGGAAGAGGGCUUGUUUUGAAGACGGAGGAUUGGCUCGUGGAAUGCCUUUGGUGUCUUCCUCGAUCUUUUAGAGGCCCAGUAGUAUGCCUCAGUACCAUCAGGAAAAUACUUGUCGACCAUUAUAACGCAGCCGAGGCGGUACAUGGCAAGAUCAACCCAGCUGCGUUCAAAGGCAUUCAUAGCUCUUUUAUUGAGCAACUUCGAUAUCCGAUGAAGGAAGCCGGGAAGACUGCAUUGUAUUCGCUCGUCGAUAUCCUCGUGAAGAAGCGGACGCGAGGUCAGUUCGAAACUAGUCGCGAUCCCCCAACGGGCGGGUACGACAGAACUUCUCCCACUCCUCAGACGAAGAGGCAAAAGACCGAAACUGUUCUAGUAGUGGAUUAUGAGCCCCCUAGUUCACAAAGGAUCACACCAGGAAAUCGAUAG